CCGAGGCCGUCGAACAGUGAACGGUAUGAAACGUCACCCAGUCCCGGAGAAAAAAACAACGUUCCUCUGAAAGAACCCUGGUCGAGUGUUUUGACGAGCCGUACUACUCAGCGAGUAACCUUCCUACGCAACAAAACGUGCCGUUGCGACUUAUCUGAGUAAGAUGUCGUUGAUCGAGGGUAUAGGUGAUGAAGUCACGGACUUCUUCAUCGUCAUGAGCGUGCUGCUGGUGGGUUGGCUUGCUUGGUGUUCAACAAGUAUAGCAGAUCAACCAUUGAUACGUACAGUACUUAUAUUACGUGAUCGGACCCCAGCACGUAUUGCCACGCUGAGAGCCAACCACCAAAGCACAAGCACUGCUGAUCGACCCCCCAGUUUGGAAAGAACAGAAGAGGAGACAACAGUCUCUACUAACACAGCAAUAGGAACCACUAUCUCUGCUAACAAUGAUGAUGCACAAUCGAACUGUCCAGAUGAGUCCAACAUAGGUACAGAGACAGCCUCUCAAGAAGUCAAUGCUUUAGAACUACCUCCAACAACACAGGAAGUACUUCUUGAGGCCAUGGACUCUUAUAGCAGUGAUGGACCAUCACUGUUGCGAAGAUCUGUUAAAACAAAUAAUACUGAGAAUGCAAAUGUGAAGGAGCAAGCCACUUCAGCAGAUGCAGAGGAACAGACAGCUUCAGCAGAUAUAAAGGAGCAAACCACCUCAACAGAAUGUACUACAGAAAAUGCAUCUGCAAGUGACAACAAUGAUAUCACCAUAAAACUAAAGUUCAUAAACGAUGACCAGAAACUAGUCACUGGCAGUCUCAAAGAAAUGCUAGGCGAAUUUAAGAGGAGACAUUUUCAAAUGGAGUUGGAGGCGCAAAAGUCGGUGCGGUUAGUGUUCAAUGGCCGUGUGUUGCAGCCUGACACUCUGACUCUUGAACAAUGCGGAUUGUUCAACGAGUGCGUAGUUCACUGUUGGGUGCAUCAAGCACGACCGACCAACGCGCCAUCGUCUCAAGCAGAUAACUCCUCACCCAUUUAUUUCAAUUCGCAGUCAUUCUCGGAUCUGCCUGCCGGCGCGAGUAUCAGCUCGGUACGCAACGAAUGGGAUCUGAGUCGGCUUUUAGUGAGCAUCCUGACGAUCAUUUUAGGUCUCGCGUGGUAUUCGCGGUAUCAUUACGCUCAGCUUUUCACUGCUACCACAACACUCGCACUUUAUGCACUAACAGUGAUCUUCACUGUCUCUCUGGUCAGCAAUUUCUUUCCCGACCAGGAUAACAUCCGGAACGUCGAAUAAAACGACACAGUGCUGUGUAUAUGUGUGUGUGUAUGUGUGUGUGUUUAAUGCGAGAGCACAUCUCGAGUAAAACUUUCCGAGUCUAAAAUACGAGCUAAAUAUCGAUUAUACGUACACGCUGGUUAAAACGAAGAAUAACGGUGAUAAAUCAAAUAGCGAGCCAAGUAUUUACGUUUAGUGUAAUACUAUCGAGAACAGAUUUGUCAUUUACUACUUGUGAUUACCACCAUUCUGGCGGACGUUAUUAGUCUUGAGUCGUAUUUCCACUGGUAUGUAGGUGCGGUGUUUAAAGAGAUCGUGAAACAUAUAACGCAACACGCGAUGUCCUUUUCUCCGUUGACUAAUACAUUUUUUCUCAAAUCGUAAUCAAUCAUUAUAAAGUCUAUUCAGGCAAACUUGUAUUAUCACAUAAUGUAUGUUCUGAAGAAAAUCAAGCAAUUGUGAUCCAUGCAGUAAAAGGUCCUUUAUAAUAUCUAUAUAAUUGUAUAUAUCUAUAUACAAUUGAUCAAUUUCUUAUAUCCAUAUGCACUAUACCACUAUACAAGUGUGCCUGCAUCGACCUUUACUCGUACACAUAAAACGUCAAAUUGUCACAUAAUGCGACGUUCCUUCGCGAAAAAUCUUUUAUAAAUUAUCUCUCUCACUCUUUUUCCCGAAAGAACUUUUCGUAUAUAUGACGUCAAUAUUUCUCACAAAGAAAUAUUGCGUGGUGUUUUUAUUACGUGUUAAUUUACAGUGAUAAGCAAGAAAUAUUCUUUGUGAAUAUAUAUUUCUUCCUUGUAAAUUAUUAUCUUACAAGGAUAACUCUCAUCAAUCUAUUUAUUAUCUUAAUUUUAGUACUUUAAUUAUAAAAAUUAAGUUGCGAGAAUCGUAAGAAAUUCUCUUCUGGGUAAUUUUAUUUAUUAUUAAUUAAUAUAUUUUUUCUUUAUAAAUUUUGUAUAGUAUAUUGUUUAACAUUCGGUGAAAUGUUAUCAAAUAACUCGUAUCAAAUGCAUAACUACGAUUAUUUGAUUCACUGAGUUUAUAAUCGAAUUAUUUUACAAAUAUAAUAUAUUUAAACAUUGCAGAGAAUCAGUUUUAUUUAAUGAAUCGAGACAAAUUGCAAUUGCCAAUAAUAUGGAGAAGAAAAUGCAUUUAAAUAAAACAAAAAAAGAGAAAAAGUCAAAUUAUCCGCGACCUAUUUGAUGCAAACUAGAGGUACUAUUUACUUACGUUGUACAAUUUGUAUGUAACAAGAAUAGAAAAUAAUUAUAUACGUAAUGUGUCAUUUGAAUACGCGUCUAUGACGAUUUCGGGAUGAGUAUAAAAGAAAAAAGGACACGAAUUUUUUUCAUAGAUGUUUAUGGUAUAGCAAAAAGACGGGCGAAGUGGCGGUACAUAAUAUUGUCUCUCUGUCACUUACUGUACUAUAUAAUUUCUAUUAAAGUCGGGUCAAUAAUA